AUGCCUAAAAAACUGAACAUUUUAAAGGCAACCUUACCCAAGGCACCAACAGGGAGAAGACCUAUUGGAUAUAGAGGCAACCACAAACAUGGGAAGGCAUUGUAUGACCCCGUUUACCCAACAACAAAGAUUCCAUCAAGUCUUGUUCCUAGGUACCCAUUGGACUGGCGAAAUGGGGGACGUUUUUUAUUAUGUGUCGGUUUAAGGAGGAUAGAAAAUAGAAUUAUAAAUAAAAUGAAAGAAAGUUUAAAUUAUAAUAUGCCAGAAUGUAGUACAUGUAAUGAUACAUGUACAAAAAUGUAUAAUCGAUGUUUAUGUGCAUGGUAUUGUAAAUAUAAAUAUAGACAUGUAUAUAAUUGUGACAAUAUACUUAUGGAAUAUAAAGGAGAAAUAAAUACAGAUAAACCAAUUUUUACUAUAAAAAAACAAGUAGCUAAAAAAAAUAUGUCUAAAGCUAUUGAAUAUGUUUAUAAUAAUAAUCUAUCAAAAUUUCAAACUGUCGAAAAAGAUGACAUAUAUACAAAGUUUUAUAAAAAAAUUCAAAAAAAAAAUCAAUCGUCUUCUCAAGAAGAAACAAUCGAUUCCGAUUCGGAUGCAACCGAUAGUGAUGAAGAAGAAAUGUGUAACGAUAAUUAA